CCAAUCACGUGCUUCUGUUAUAAAACAUUGUUUUGGCACGUGUCCCGAGGCGCAUGUACGCGGGUUUCAGUGUUUUCUUUCGUCUCCGCCGUGUUUUAGAAGUGAGAAGGUUUGCAGUGAUCAUGUCCGAGAAGAAGCAGAAGAACCUGAAGCGCAAAGCAGAGCCGAUGAAAGGCCCGGAGAAGCUCUCAGCGCCCCGGGGAGCGGAGAGAGAAGCGGGAUGGCUGCAGGACACAGUAGCGGAGAUCCGGAACUCAUUUGAGUGUAAAUUCAACACGAAGCGACUUCGGUUCCUGUCUGAAGCCCAGAAAGUGAGGCAGGGCUGCGGGGCAGUGCUUUACUGGAUGGCCCGCGACCAGAGAGUGCAGGAUAACUGGGCGCUGGUCUACGCUCAGGAGCUGGCUCUGGAAGAGAAGCUGCCUCUACACGUGUGUUUCUGCCUCGUGCCACGAUAUUUAGAGUCGACUUAUCGCCAGUACGCCUUCAUGCUCAGGGGACUGCAGGAAGUGGCCAAGGAGUGCACGAGUCUGAACGUUCAGUUCCACCUCCUGCGAGGCGAGCCCGAGUUGACCCUACCCGAGUUUGUGAAACACUGGGACGUGGGCGCAGUGGUGACCGAUUUUAACCCCCUCAGACUUCCGCUGCAGUGGACCGAACGUGUGAAGAAGCAGCUUCCGUCCGACGUCCCUUUCAUUCAGGUCGACGCCCAUAACGUGGUGCCGUGCUGGGAGGCGUCGAGUAAACUGGAGUACGCCGCGAGGACCAUCAGAGGGAAGAUCACCAAACUCCUCCCCGAGUUCCUGACCGAGUUUCCUCUGGUGGACGCGCACCCCUACACGUCCACCAAAACGCCAAAGAAGGUUGAUUGGGAGGAAGUGAUGUCAUCACUGGUAGUAGACCGCAGCGUCGGCGAGGUUCAGUGGGCGGAGCCGGGGACAGCGGGAGGCGUGGCCAUGCUCGAGUCGUUUAUAGAACAGCGGCUGCGUAUUUUCGCCACCGAGAGGAACAACCCGAACGCCAACGCUCUCAGUCAGCUUUCACCAUGGAUCCACUCAGGUCAGAUAUCUGCCCAGCGUGCGCUGUUGGAGGUGCGGCGUUGGGGGAAACGUUCUCCUGAAUCCGUGUCCUCCUUCACCGAGGAGCUGCUGGUGCGCAGGGAGCUCUGUGAUAACUUCUGCUUCUACAACGAAAACUACGACAACUUCAGCGGUGCGUACGAUUGGGCGAAGAAGACGCUGCAGGAUCACACUAAAGACCGCCGGUCGUACGUGUACUCACAAGAGCAACUGGAGAACGCAGAAACGCACGACCCUCUGUGGAACGCUGCACAGAGGCAGCUCUUGUUGGAGGGGAAGAUACACGGGUUCAUGCGCAUGUACUGGGCAAAGAAGAUCCUAGAGUGGACGUCUUCCCCUGAGGAGGCGGUGAACAUCUCCAUCUACCUGAACGACCGCUACUCCAUGGACGGCUGUGACCCGAACGGAUACGUGGGCUGCAUGUGGUCUGUGUGUGGGAUUCAUGAUCAGGGCUGGGCCGAGCGUCCUGUUUUUGGGAAAGUGCGCUACAUGAACUACGCAGGAUGCAAGCGUAAGUUUGAUGUGGCUCAGUUUGAGAAGAGAUACGCCGUGAAGAAGGCCUGAGGCGCACACACACACACACACACACACACACACACACACACACACACACACACACACACACACACACAUCUGAUCUCUCACUGUAUCAGGUUCAUCCUUUUCAUUCUCUUUCUGACCUGCAUUUUCUUUCCAUCCUCCUCGUGUACACGUUCUGCCUCCGUAUUCAUCCCUCCAUUCAUUUAGUCGAAAAAAAAAAUCGACAUGUUCAUUCCACGAAAGGAAAUCUGUGUCCCAAGAUUCACCUCACUGCAAAAUUGUGACCGAACAAACACAAGAACAUUUAAACAUCAACUCCAUCAUGAAUUUCCACGUCUGGUUUCUUCAAAAACGCUGAAUUUUAGCAGAAAGAAAUCUGAUGCGAAUCGAAAAUUAAUUCUGAAAUGUUUUUUUUUAUAUAUAUUGUAAGUUUCGUAAAAUGAUACGAGGUCGUCAGUGAACUAACGCUCAAUAUUACACCGAAUCAGAUUGAAAUUUACCAUCAGGAAUUCAUGAGAAUGUGUUUUCCUGUAAAUAAAUUAAAAAGUAGCUACAGACUGUAUGAUAAUAUAAUAAUAAUUUAUUACCUUAAAUUAAAAUGAAAUGAAAGUCAGAUGGAGAUUCAUGUGAACAUUCCUGCUUGUUUGAUUUACAGGAAAAUGUGAUAUUACUAUUUAUAAGAAACGUUUUUUUGUUUGUUUUUUUCGAAGUUUGAUUAUUAGCUGCUAUCUGUCAGACAACCAACUUUCAAUACCUCAGUCAGUCUCUCAAUCACUUUUCUCUCACACACACACACACACACACACACCCUUGCAAUUUGGAAAAAAACAUUGGGAAUCCUCUCUGCCUGUAAUCGUUAAAGAAAGACAGGUAUGGCUUGGAUGCGGCGGCCAUUUUGGAUAUUUGGAAGCGCAGCUGAACUGUGAAGUUCCAUCAAUAAGUUCUCACCUUUCAUGGUUCUUUAUACAAAAAUGGAGACACACAAAAAAUGUGACAUCUUUGGAUGCAGGAGCAUGAACAUUUCGCCUUGACUUGAACUACGAGACCCAAACCUGCUCCUCUGUUCAUGUUCGCGUGAAGAUCUGCUCUACACGGGUCGGACUGGAGCAUCUGCACCUCACCUCACCUCCAUCACGACCUGACUUUACUAACACGUUUGUAGCUCCACAAAAUCUUGUGGAACAUCUUCCCAGAAGAAUGGAGCUUGUUAUAAACGGGGAUUCAAUGUGAAAUGGGAUGUUUAAAAAAAGAAGCACAUAUCUUAUGGUCAGGUGUCCACAAACUUUUGCCAUUAAAGGUUAUGGAGAGCCAUCAGGUGAAGAGGAUCCGUGUUCGAGAUGAGCAGCACAUUUCCAUAAAGGAAAACUUGUGGGACGUUUUUUUAUUCGCACAAAGCACAAGUUUGGAACUUUUUAAAAAAAGCUGUUUUUUUGGUACUUUAUAAAUCAUAAUGACGUCAUGUCCACUGUGAAGUUUCACACUGAUGAUGCCACAGAAUUCCAUCUGGGUUCGAGCUCCGAGAGUCCAGUCGCAUUGCUUCUCCUUUAUCGACUGUUUGAUUUCCCUCACAGGAGUACCGUACUUUCCAAACGCUCCUGAGACGAUUCCAGACGCACUUUUUCCACGAUCACGUCAACGCACGUCUGCCGGGCGUCUGAUCAGCGCUUCUCGAAGCGGCCUGAAUGUGGAUCGAGG